AACCCUGCAAACAAAAGUAUUGUAUUUACAUCUUUGUUGCCUGGGAGUGUUGCUGCUGCCCCACACGUCGCUCCAGAUGGCCGGUGGGUUAGCAGAGAUCAAGUCACGGACAUACAGAGCGGAGCUGAGGUGGUGAUGAGCAGUCGAGAGGUGGUCGCUCUGAGUGUGGGAGGUGUGAGGUUUGUAACCCGGCCCUGCACCUUGCUGCAGUUCCCCGAGUCCAGGUUAGCACGCAUGCUGGGUGGUGACGACCCGGAGUUUAAACUGGUGAACGGAGAGUUCUUUGUGGACAGAGAUGGCGCUUUGUUCAGCUACAUCAUGGAUUUCUUGAGGACUCUUCAAGUCUCUCUGCCUGCUGAUUUUUCAGACUUCCAGAGACUGCGCAGAGAAGCGGAAUUCUAUGAGCUGUACCCUCUGGCUGAGCUCCUGGGCCAGGAACACCUCCUGAGGCCGAGGCUGGAGAUCUUGGAGGUGCGUUUUUUCCUCCAUGAGAUGCAGGCCUUUUUCCGCAUCUUCGGUUCCUGCAGUAGCACCGUGGAGAUGCUGGCCGAGCAAAUCACUGUGCUUACAGGGCAGCGGCCAGGGCAGGGCUGGAGCAGCCCUUUUCCUUCUCAGAAACCACUAAUUCCACUUCCUUUGGAAAGACCUUCUCAUCACGACCUGGUUUUUCAGUGUGGAACCGACUGCUCUGCUGGUGACCAGUUUGUGGCCAGGUAUGUUUCCAUAAAGCCUGACAGCAGAAUGCUGAUAAAUGGUACUAACGUGCUAGGCCUGCUGAUUGACAUGUUGCUCAAAGAUGGAUUUCGCCUCAUAAGCACCAGGACAGCGUCCAGCGAUGAAAAAGUGGAAUGCUACAGUUUUGAAAGGACACGGAGGCCUGCGAGCCUUAGCAUUGCUCCAAACCAACACCCAGGGAGCUCUGGGACGGGGCAGGCAGGGAGAAGCCAAGUGCAGAAGGGGAAAUAGAGCAUUUUCCUGUACUCUUGUGAAGGUGGAAGAGGUGUGUGUCAGCACCAGUGGCCUUUGUUUUGUUUGCUCAUUGGAAACUGCAGCUAUUGAGGGAAGUAACAAACAAACAACUUGGUAAAAAAGGAGGCAGGAAAAAAAUGCUUUCCUGCCUUUCCCUGCUCGACCCUUUUCAGUUCUAAAUAAAAGAGCCACAGAUUCAAUGCUGUUUUUGUGGACCAGAUUGCAGUACUUUGAAGGGCAGUUUUUGUUUUUCUCUGUGGCUGAAACUUGUGUGACUCGCAGAAAAGCAGUCACUCCUUCUAGAAAGUCAUUCCUCUGUUCUGUGCUAAGCAGACUUCAAAUAUGAACACAUGCAAAGGGGUAACAAUUGAUAACUCCCACUGAAGCAGCGUGGAGAAGUGGCUGGAGGAGGAAUGUCAGCCUGAAAGACCGGAGGUUGUUUCUGCUUUGGAAAUGCACACCAAUUCCUGCAGUGGGAAGGUCACAAGUUACGUUGCUGUGGGCCUGGAGACACGAGAACAUGGCUUUGUGAAGCCACCGCUGGCGUCCAUGAAAUAAUAAUGUGUCACUGUCUCUUGCAAAAUACUCCUCUGUCCUCUCCCCACACUCUGAAGACACUGAGCUGCUCAUUAGUGCCGAGAAUUAAAUGAUAAAGGUCCUCAGAAAAUACUUGUGACACGAACAAAGAGUCAGUCAGUUCUCAGAGCCUCAACUGUAAGAACAAAAAUGUGAUGAACAGUCCUUCAGAUGGAAGAGUUGGUGCAAUUUUAAACCAAAUAGUACAAGGCAUCUCUUAGUGCUUGUUAAGUGAAAAGGUAUUUAGGAGGGAGGCCUGGCAGAGGUCGCUUUGGGAAUGUUAACCCUGUACAAUGCUUUGUAAAGGUACCAGCAUUAUCUCAGGUAUGGGAGAGCUGAGUUAAUGAGGCUUUAUGCAUGAAGAACCUUUUGUCCUGCCUAACGGGCAAAUGAUGGCAGUGUCAAGGAUUCAUUAUUUGAAUCUGACUUUCUUUCUUGUUGAGAAAACACAAUCUUUCCAAUGCUACAUCCGCCCGUUUGGCUGACUAAUUAGAUCUGGCUUUCCUUUGGCUUUAAAGUGUGAAUUUCUUUACAGCACGUAGGAAUGGUGAUGGGUGGUGGGGAUCACUCUUCUGUUUCUUGUUUGUAGGGUUUGCAAUGAAACGGAUCAUUCCAGACUUCUGGUGCCGCUGUCAGAUGUUUGUUUUCUCUAUGCUACCAUAAAGCAUUUUAGCCUGACAUAGGUUCAGAAGUUCACUGGCAACAAGUAGGUUCCCUUUGCUUGUUUUGGAGCUUUCCAGGGGUAAAAUAAUGUGAUUAUGGGAUGACAUCUCCUAAGCUGCUUACAGGCUACGUACAUGUAGUAAAUAUUGUGGAACGUCAACUUGGAUGCUUCCACUUCAAACUGGAUUUUUUUGUCAAUAGUGUCAAUCAAUCUGUUAAUGCUUUGAGCAUAGGCCUUUCAUUGGACUUUUUACUAAUGAAAUUAGGCUAUUUCACCUACUGCAGAAGCAGUGAGUUUAUUUUCACUGCUGUAACAGCCAUUCUGAACACUGAGAUUUGAACUCUUAAAAUAAGGUGUAAGGAAAAAGAAAUAUGUAUGUUUUAACCUACAUAAUUACUCACACUCCGUGGUUUUGGCAAAAUGAAAAUGUGAUACAACCAUUUUACAGAAGCACAGCACAGCUGAGGCUGGCAGGGCCCUCUGGGUCCCUCUGCUCCAGCCCCUGCCCCAGCAGGGACACCCAGAGCAGGGUGCCCAGGGCCACGUCCAGCACAGAAGGGCUCCUGGUGUUCAGAGGGAACCUCCUGUGCUCCAGUUUGUGCCCACGGCCUCUGGUCCUGGCACCGGGCACCACUGGCAGAGCCUGGCUCCAGCCAGCACCCUUCUAGCACCCUCCCUCAGGGAUUUAUGGCCAUUGAUGGGAUCCCCGAGCCCCCUCCAGCUGAGCAGUCCCAGCUCUCUCAGCCUCUCCUCACAGAAGUUCUUGUGGCCCUUCAUCAACUUUGGGCCCCUCUGUUGGACCAUCUCCUCCAGGUUGUGCUCCAGGUGUGGCCUCAGCAGUGCUGAGUAGAGGGGAAAGAUCACCCUCCUCGGUUAGCUUUUAUCUAGCACAAACACCAUCCUAUGUACCUAAUAUUUUGGCUGUGGAAGAAUACCCCAGUGAAAGUUCGUGUCCUGUAAAGAACCAGAAAUACUUUAUCUUGACCUGUUAGGGCCAUGUACCAAGAAGCUGUGCAUAUGAAAAUUUGUAAACUGGGAUUCCAAAGCUGUUCUGUCAUUUAUUCUUAGCAAUGAACUGAGACGUGUCACUUUUGCACCUGCUUCUCCUCCUCUCCUCUCCUCUCCUCUCCUCUCCUCUCCUCUCCUCUCCUCUCCUCUCCUCUCCUCUCCUCUCCUCUCCUCUCCUCUCCUCUCCUCUCCUCUCCUCUCCUCUCCUCUCCUCUCCUCUCCUCUCCUCUCCUCUCUAGUUGCUUUAGGAAGUACAAGAGCACAUGUAUGUAUGGUGAUUAUCCAACAAGUGCAUCAGCAGCAGAGCCUUUCACACUGGUGCAUUUCCCCAGCAGGUAGCAGUUGUAGAAGGAGAAGUGAAUUUGGCUGAUCAGAGCCCAAAUUAACUACAAGUCUGGGUGAUUUUCAAGCCUUUUGGUCAAAACCAGAUGAUGUGUUCAACUGACUAAUUUCGCACACAUCUUGGCAGGUCCACAAGCUAUGUCAUCUUCCAAUACAAUCUGUUGGACUAGAAAUGUGUUGGAGAUUUGGUCAUGUUUUUACAUACAGGAGAACGAGGAGCUCUGAUUGCUCACAGCCACCUCUCCUUUUCAUUAAAUAGAAGUUUUGGAAACACUUAGAUUUUUUUUCCAGUUAACUUGGAAUUUGUGAUCACAGAUAUUCUACUUCUUCAACUCACGGCCCACUUUCUCAAGAGAACUCCUCUUUGUCAAGAAGGUAGAACAUUUGCUUAUUAUUUCAGUACACUUACAGUUGAAUUUGCCUUUUUAUUCUUCAUUGCAUUCAGCAAAAAUUUGCAGACUGUCCCAGAAACCCAGCCUACUAAUGGAUGUGCAAUGAGUUCUCCUCUGCUUUCUAACACAAGCGGACUCUCACAGCAGUAGGGCUGCUGGACAGAAAGGAAAUGAAGCUGUAAGACAAUGCUGCCAUUCUGUCCAGCAGGUACACAAGUUUACGUAGCAGAAGUAGAUUUUCUAAAAAGAGAUGGUGGUGGCUUGAUGCUUUAUUUGCUUUCAUUCACUUGAUGCUUUGGAACAGGUUGCCCAAGGAGGCUGUGGAUGCCCCAUCCUUGGAGGCAUUCAAGGCCAGGCUGGAUGUGGCUCUGGGCAGCCUGGUCUGGUGGUUGGCGACCCUGCACAUAGCAGGGGGGUUGAAACUACAUGAUCAUUGUGGUCCUUUUCAACCCAGGCCAUUCUAUGAUUCUGUAAUUCAUUUGUAAAAAGCGGGUAAUUUGGAAAGAAACAGAAUUACUGAGGUUGGAAAAGACCUUCAAGAUCCCCAGGUCCAACCAUCGGCUUGACCUACCAAGUCCCAUCGCUACACUGUCUCUCUCAGCGCCACGUCCACGUGUCUCUUGGACAUGUUCAUGACUGGGGUCUCCGCUACCUUUCUGGGCAGGCUGUUCCAGUGCUUGAACUCUCUUUUGUGAAGAAAUCUUCCCUGAUACCCAACUUAAACCUCCCCUGGUGCACUUUGAGACCACUUGUCAUCACUUGAGAUCACCUUGUAUUUCUUUCUUAUUUUAAUAUUUUCCAUCUCUUUUAUAGUUGGAUUUUACCCUAUAUUUAUUUUUCAGCACUUGGAAGGUCUUUUAUGUUCCCAGUUUUUACCUAGUUUGGCUCAUUUUCAAUUGCAGUGCUCAGAAAUAACUCACUGAAUCUGAGCUUUGCGAAGCUGAAGCGUCUUUGUCUCGGGAAGGGAUAAAGCUAAGGUAUAUCCAACUCAUAGUCUGGGUGGGAUGCAGUUCUGAUCCACAGCUGAAUUCAGUGCCAUAAAGCAGCCAAAGUGGAUUAGAAGUAAGUCCUGUUUGAGAUCACAGCAAUUCAAGUGCAUAGCUAUGAAUAAUUAAAAAAUAUAUAUCUGUUCCCAGAUUGCUGGAAAGUGUUAUUGAAUAUUCACUGGGAAACAAGCUGGGAACUAUCCAAGAGGGGGAGGGAGACUCAUUGCCUCUUAUUCCUUCCCUGUGAUUUGUUCUGAACCCUGGCCAGGCUUUAACUUUACAAGGUUUAUUUUUAUUGAUUUUCAACAAUAAACAGUGGGAGUAUCUACAA